AUGUCUGUCCAGGAACGCACCUACAUCAUGGUCAAGCCCGACGGUGUCCAGCGCGGGCUCGUUGGAAACAUCAUCUCCCGCUUUGAGGCGCGCGGCUUCAAGCUCGUUGCUCUCAAGCUCGUCCACGCUACCCCCGAGCACCUCGAGAAGCACUACGCGGACUUGAAGGGCAAGCCCUUCUUCCCUGGUCUCAUCAAGUACAUGGCUGCCGGCCCUGUCGUCGCCAUGGUCUGGCAGGGUCUUGACAGCGUCAAGACCGGUCGUGCCAUGCUCGGUGCUACCAACCCGCUCGCUUCUUCUCCCGGCACCAUCCGCGGUGACUUCGCCCUCGCUGUCGGCCGCAACAUCUGCCACGGUUCGGACUCUGUCGAGAACGCCGAGAAGGAGAUCAAGCUCUGGUUCCCCGAGGGCGCUGUCCAGUACAGCAACGCCAUGGAGAGCUGGAUCUUCGAGUAAACGUGCGCUACUAGCCUGCACGCCACGUUCAAAAAAGGAAGAAGUCUAGACGCAUGUCGCCUGCAUCGUGUUCUGCGCUCGUCUUGUGUAGUGUAGGACAUGUUCAUCGAUUGCGAUUGUAAACUGUUGCGUGGAAAGAUAUCAACAUCAUGAGUUUCC